GGAGGUCAGAGUUCACCGAAGAAGCAGUGCCAGGCACCGAAGACGAAGUUGAGGUUCGCCCUCGCCAAGGAGAGGAAAGCGUCCACCACGCUCGGCAUCAUCAUGAGUGCCUUCGUGGUGUGCUGGCUCCCGUUUUUCGUUCUGGCACUCGUUCGGCCGUUCAAGUUGUCGGCGGCUAUUCCCAACUGGAUUUCCUCUCUGUUCCUGUGGCUUGGAUACGCUAACUCGCUGCUGAACCCGAUCAUCUACGCAACACUUAACAAGGACUUCCGGAAGCCCUUUCAGCAUAGAAAUGAUUUCUACCGUGUGACACAAAGGUCGGAUGUUUCAAAAGCUUUCAUCUCUGAAUAG